AGUGUUUUUCUGUUGUGAUCAGGAAUUAACUCGCCAUAGGCACUUUUCGUCAAAACAUUGUCGCUCGCCAUUUUAUUCGUUUGAGACGUAACCAAAAUCACAAAAGAAUUUUCCAACCACAUUUAUUAGACAAAAAUGGUAAAAUCAACAGAUUUAAAUGAGGAGAAAAAGACCAGCGAGAAAUCAGCUAAAUCAGGCGAUCCUGCUAACGAACCAGGAAUGAGAGUUGGAGAUGAUUUUCAGGCAGAGGUUCCAGAAAUGUUAACAGACAUGUUUGUAAAAGAUGCACGACCAGAACCACUAUUGGUAUGGGCACCAUGUGACAAAAUACCUGAUACAAAAGUGGAAGACUUUCUGAAGAUUGCCAAAGAAAAAUUUGGCUAUAAUAUGGAACAGGCGUUAGGUAUGUUAUAUUGGCAUAAGUAUGAAAUUGACAAAGCAAUGGAAGAUUUAAAGAACUUCACCCCGUUACCAGACGAGUGGAGUAUGGAAGAUAAAGUGAUAUUUGAACAAUCAUUUGGAUCCUAUGGAAAGUCAUUUCCACGAAUAAAACAACAGCUUCCUGAUAAAAGUAUUGGAACAUUAGUAAAAUAUUACUAUGCAUGGAAAAAGAACCGCAAUAAGAAAAGCUUAAUGGACAAAGGCGAGCGAAGAGAUCAAGGCAUCUUAAAUGGAAUCUUUGCUGAUGACAGUGCUGACAACGAUUCUAGUGAUAGUGAUUAUGAACCUAAUGAAAAGAAAAUGAAAACAUCAAAAAAUGAUGAAAAGAACGCAACUGAAAAUAAGCCAAGCCCGAUGUUGUCAACAAAUUGUGUUAACUGUGCAGGUGUAACGUCACAAAUGAAUUCCACUCCCAGAGGAAAGAUGUGUGUCUCUUGUUAUGACUACUGGAGACGAACAGGUGAUAUGAGGCCAAAAGAUAAAGAAUCUCUAUCGUUGUAUCAUGGACCACAACACAAAUUGAAGAGGAAACCACCAAAGGGCAUGCAAUUAAAUGAAACAACCUUGAUUGAAAUCGCGCAAGCCCAUGGCGAUUCUCAUAUUCGGCCACUAGAAAUUGAGCUGAUUAAUCUGAAACGUCGAGUGAUAACAGACAAGCUGGUUGUGCAGGAGCAAAGGAUAGGAUUGGAUGGAAAAGAAGAGAGAUACCGACCUCCUGAGUUAAGGCAAAAUUUGAAUCAAAGAUGGACGAAUGAAGAGUUACUUAUCGCUGUCCAGUGCGUGCGCAAAUAUGGAAAAGAUUUUCAGGCUAUGUCAGAAGUACUUGGCAAUAAAAAUAGUGGUCAAUGUCGGAACUUUUUUCUAAAUUAUCGCCGUCGCUUUAAUUUGUUGGACGUCCUGUCCGAAUAUGAAAAAGAAAACAACAUACCACGAAGUGAAAGUUGCGUCAAUGACGCAUGGGACGAAGUUGCGGAUGGAGAACCUGACAAUAAUAUUUAUCCACCAUCUUCUAUCGAUUUAACUUCAACUUUGCAAGCUUCGUCUAAUCAGCCUCCUCCGUUGCGUCGACAAGCUGACAACAUUCCUGUGAACGAUACUCCACCAUCUCAGGGUCCUCCACCAUUGGUCAAUAAUGCUACUGCAAAUUCUAUAACGUCGUCUGCUAGUUAAUCGAACUGUUGGCUGGAAGAAAAUUUUCAAAACAUCCCGAUUGUGAAGAUUGGCACGCAUUGUUGGAAUCACACACUACACGUGCAGAGUUUUGUCGAAAAACUUUUUGUAUAUAUCUAAUAUUAUUAUUUGAAAACUAUUUAACUUCGAAGAA